AUGGAAAACUUACCUUCUAUUACACCUAUUCAACAUGCUUAUUCUCAAUCAGUUUCUGAUACAUCACAUAAUACCACUGACCCUAAACAACCACCUCAAACUGAUUGUUCUCAAUUGGUUUCUUCUAAUACACCAUAUAAAUUCACCGAUCCUCAAUCAACGUUUACUAAUGCACCAUAUAAAUCUGCUGAUCCUCAACCAACAUCUAACAAUACUAAUCCUCAAAAACAAUCUAAAAAUACUU